UCAAUCAUUCCCAAAUAGCCCGGACUGAACUGCACAAAAUACAAAAGGAACAACUCAACCAAGAAUGUUUGAGUGUAAUACAGGAGUGUAGUACGCGGUGGAACAGUACAUUUUAUAUGUUACAAAGAAUGAUUAGAAUACAAGAUUCUCUAUGCCUGUACGCAUCUAAGCACAACAUCUCUCAAUUGUCUCCUGAAGAAUGGCUGCAGCUUAAAAAAAUAGUGACUAUACUUCAACCUUUUGAAGAAAUUACCCGAAAUAUGAGUGACAAUAACACAAGUAUCUCAUCAGUAAUUCCACUUAUACACACUCUUAAGUAUACAUUACACACUGAAGGCAAUAAACAAGACACAAAUGAAAAAUUUAAAAGUAUAAUAAAAAGUACCGUCGAUCAAUUAAAUUCUAGAUUUAGUGACCUUCAAUCAAACAAUUUCUUUGCAAUAGCAACAUAUUUAGAUCCUCGUUAUAAAACAAAAUUUUUUAAUGAAGUGGCUAAACAGAACAUUGAAACAGAGAUAAUGUCAAUAUUUGAUGCAGCAGAUACUUCUAAAAACGAGGCUGAUAAUAUUGUCGCUCCUGUAGAAAAACGGGCAAGAAUGGAAUUACCAGCAGAAACUAGCCAUAGUAGUAAUGUGCAAUCAGUUUUGUCAAACAUAUUAUUAAGUAGUGAUGAAGAAGACGAUAAUAAUACCACACUUGAUAAAAGUCCAGUUUUUGAUAAAUUUGUCUUCGUAAAAAAUAUACUAAAUGAGUUCAAUAAAGAAAAACGUAUUAGUAUUAGUGAUGAUCCGCUAUUAUGGUGGAAAGUUAAUGGUAAUACCAAAUUCCAGCCCCUGCAAUCAAUUGCUCGUCAAUUUUUGUCUUGUCCACCAAGCUCGGUAGCGAGCGAACAACUUUUUAGUGGCGCUGGCCUAAUCUACGACCCCUUAAGAAACAGAUUAGAGGGAGACAAAGCUUCAAAGCUUUUAUUCGUCAAAUAUAAUACGCUACUUUUAGAGUCAAUUAAUACGAUUUAAUUUUUUUAAAGCUUUUGUUCGUUAGUAUAAUUUAAUUACUAAUUGAUUAGUACAUGCUACUUCGGGUUUAAAUUCAUUCUAUUUAAACUUGU